AUGGACUGCCGUGACCAACCGGCAAGACCUUCAAGCGACCCCUACUUCAGCCUAGGAAAAUUCGGUCGGAAAGUCACCACCAAUUCUCAAGAAGCCCAAAUAUGGUUUGACCGAGCCCUCGUCUGGACAUAUUGCUUUAACCACGAUGAAGCAAUCACCUGCUACAAACAGGUCAUCGCACACGACCCAAAUUGCGCAAUGGCCUACUGGGGACUGUCUUUCUGCUCAGGCUCAAAUUACAACAAAACAUGGGCAUUGUUCGACGAAAAGGAUCGCGUCAAUGCAAUAAAACAGUGCCAUAUAUUUUCUCGAGAGUCAUUGACCCGCGCUAGUAGCGCAUCGUCUUGGGAACAGGCACUCAUCAAAGCUCUUGCGAAGAGAUAUCCCAACGAUGAUCCAAAAGGGGAUCUGCUCGCUUAUAACAAAGCAUACGCCGACUCGAUGCGACAAGUAUAUUUCCAAUUCGGUCGCGAAGACUUUGACAUCAUCACUCUGUUCGCUGAUGCAUUGAUGAAUUGCGCCCCCCGGAAAUUAUACGACGCGUCGACGGGGCUUCCGAUCGCAUCAUCCCCCGUGUUUGAAGUGAAAGACCUGCUUGAUCGUGCUCUUAAGAUGCCAGGUGUGGAACUUCAUCCAGGCCCUGCGCACAUGUAUAUUCACCUGAUGGAAAUGUCAGCGACCCCUGAAAUGGCUCUGCCUGCUGCAGAGAUGAUCCGCGAAAUAUUUCCUGACACCGGGCAUACUUUCCACAUGCCUGCGCACAUUGAUGUUCUAGUCGGCGACUAUCAACGCGCCGUCGAGUACAAUCUAAAAGCCACUAUUGCAGAUGACAAGUUCUUCCAGCAGAAUGGUGGUUUGACAUUCUACAGCUACUAUCGGCUACAUGAUUACCACUCUCUUGUUUACGCUGCGAUGUUGGGUGGGAAAUCCAAGGCAGCGUUAUCAGCGACCGAAAGGAUGGAAAGGACUAUUACUGAAGAGAUUCUUCGGGUGGAGACACCUGCCCUAGCAAACUGGAUGGAAUUUUUCAAGGCUGUCAGAGUCCAUGUUCUGAUUCGCUUUGGCAUGUGGGAUGACUUAAAAAAGCUCGAUCCACUCGAAGACAAAGAGCUAUACUGCGUUACAAAUGUGAUGAGACACUAUGGAAAAGCGAUCGCGCAUGCGGCUACUUUUGAACUGAAGGAGGCUGAUAAAGAGCGUGAGCUCUUCAAACUCGCAUCGACACUCGUCCCGCCUACACGUCUCGACUUUCCUAAUAAGAUCGUCGAUAUUCUCAAGGUAGCAUCUGCAAUGCUGGAUGGUGAGAUCGAGUAUCGACGUGGAAAUUACGAGACUGCAUUUGCCCGAUUACGAGACGCUGUAAUCCUUGAAGACGAAUUGCCCUUCGCUGAGCCGUGGGGGUGGAUGCUUCCGGCUCGGCAUGCGUAUGCUGCCCUUUCUUUGGAACAGGGGAUGGUGGAACAGGCUGCGCGGGCCUACGCAGAGGACUUGGGCCUUAUCCCGACCCCCAAGCGAGCGCAUCAACAUCCGAAUAAUGUUUGGGCGCUUCAUGGGUACCAUGAGUGUCUUCAGAUUCUGGAGCGCCAUGCUGAGGCGAAUAUAAUCAAAAAGCAACUUUCGCUUGCUUUGGUGGAGGCAGAUGUUGUGAUCACAUCUUCGUGCUUUUGUAGACUUGGGAAUAUUCCUUCUUGUGGGAAGUCCAAGGCAAAUGGUUGCCAUAGUAAUAGAUAA